AUGUCAAGUGAGCUGAAGGAUCUAAAGUUGCAGCAGCGACAGAUUCGAAGCACGUUCGACGGUGUGAAGCAGUUCAUCGUGGGAUCCAAGCGAGAGAAGCAUGAAGCACAUGUCGAAACCAGAUUGGAGAUGCUAGAAGGUGCAAUGAAGAAGAUGUACACAAUUAGAAGAAAAAUAGAUAUGAUCAUGGAAGAUGCAGAGGAGAAGGAGAGACAAGAGUCGAAGGAAGACCCAGGCAAUCGUGAGGCUCGACUAGCAGCACUCAGUGAAAGGCGGGAAGCUGAACAAUCUUCUAUCAUACAGCAAACCGAAGACACUUACUGCGAGUUGAGGGCAUCAUUGCAGCGACUGCUUGGCCAAACGGCCCAUGCUUCAACGUCUUCGGAGUCAUCAACUGCACCAGUACCAAUAACUCCCAGUGCUUUCUCGAAGGUGAAGCUGCCAGAAAUUAAACUCCCGAAUUUUGGAGGCAUUGGAGAUUGGGUCACGUUCCGAGACAUGUUUAUAAGCCUAAUUCACCGCAACCACCAAUUAACCGAGAUAGACAAAUUCACGUACCUUCCGUCAUCGCUUGUAGGCGACGCGCUGCAGGAAAUCUAUACGAUAGAGAUUUCAGCGGCGAACUACAAAAUAGCGUGGGAUCUGCUCCAGAAACGUUUCGAAAACAAGAAACUAAUUGUAAAGGCUCACCUUGAUGCACUUUUUGCUGAGGAAUCAGUGAAACGCGAAUGUUACGACGGUUUGAGCCAUCUGCUCAGUGAGUAUGACCGGAAUCUGCAAAUGUUAGAUAAGAUCGGCGAAAACACUCAGAACUCGAGUACCAUCCUCGUCUACAUGAUGUGCUCCAGGCUAGACUCUGUUACUCUCCGCCAUUGGGAAUCGCACCAUUGUUCUAAGGAGGUUCCCACCUAUGAUGAGUUAGUCGAUUUUCUUCGCAAUCACUGUGCUGUACUUCAGUCGAUUGCCCCAGCCAAACUCUGCCAGACAGAGAUGAAGAAGCCUCGUUUCACCGUCAGUCAGUAUCACGCGACAACUGAAGCUGCCAAUCGUUGUCCAUUCUGUGGGGAAGGUCCCCAUUCUGCAUUCAAAUGCCAAAGGUUCCAAAAGAUGAAGAUUGCUGAACGGUACGAGCACGUAAAGCGUCGUGGGCUGUGUUUAAAUUGUCUCUCUCCAUCGCAUAUGGUUCGAUUCUGUACAAAGGGUUUUUGCCGAUACUGCAGGCAGAAACAUCACACGCUUCUGCACAAUGGAGCGACGAACGGCGGAGCAGCUGCAUCAUCUACACCGCAGAACAACUCCGUCCCGCAUGCGCAGAACAGACCAUCAAUAGCGAGCACAUCACAAACACAACCACAGCCACAGUACCACACCACACAGAGUCACAACAACACAGCACCCACCACGAACUCACUCCUUGUCGCACACACGAAUUUGCAAUCACACUGUCACCAACCACCCACAUCAGAUCACACUUCCUUGGGAAACACCAACACAUUGUCUGCUAACACCUACACUCUAGCACGACAAGUUUUGUUAUCUACCGCCAUGGUUCGAGUGAUUGAUCCUUACGGAAACGUCCAGUUUGCGAGAGCGCUUCUGGACUCUUGCUCCGAGUAUUGUUUUAUAACCACGAAUCUGUAUCAGAAGCUGAACUUACCCGAGAUGGCCAACUACCUGUCGGUUGCAGGAAUUGGAGGAUCGGUAGUUAAAUCGACGAAGAUGGUAGAAGCAACGAUAACUCCGAGGUCUACCUACAUUUCCAAAUACUGCGAAAACGUCAAACUUCAUGUCCUGCCGAAGCUCACGUCCGAUUUACCGUUUCACUCUGUCGAUAUUCAGCAACUGUCUAUUCCGAACGACGUCAACCUCGCGGACCCUCGAUUCAACGAACCUGGCCCAGUAGAUAUUAUCAUAGGAGUGGAGCACUAUUAUGAUUUACUUACAGACGGAAAAAUGAAACAGUCAAAAGAUGGACCAACACUGCAAAAAACAGUUUUUGGUUGGAUCGUAUCAGGUCUUGUAUCCAGUAGUAUGGCUGAAGUUUCCAGAACCAUUUCCCACCCGUGUGCAUCGCUCGAUCUUCGUGAUCUACUUGCAAAAUUCUGGGAGCUGGAAUCAUGCAACAGCAAGAGCACUUUGUCAGUGGAGGAGUCGACGUGCGAAGAAUUUUUUGAUCGUACAACGGUGCGCGAUAAAGAUGGGAAAUUCGUUGUCACUCUUCCAAAGAAAGAUUAUCGGAUCACGCAAAUCGGAGAAUCAAAGGCCAUAGCGACAUGA